UAUGUUUCAUCCUACCAAGCCUCAAUAAUUUCUAGCUCUUCAGGUUCCUUAACCAAAUGAAACCCUUUUUGCACAUGUUACAUGCACUUUUGCUACUACUAUAUAAUUUAAACAUACUUUGGUUUGGCACAAACACAUUUGCUUAUGCAUCAGGAAAUGAUACAGAUUUUUUGGCAUUGCUCAAAUUCAAGGAAUCAAUAUCCAAAGACUCAAAUAGAAUCUUAGACUCUUGGAAUAGCUCUACACAAUUUUGCAAGUGGCAUGGAAUCACAUGCAUGAAUCAAAGAGUUACAGAAUUGAAACUAGAAGGAUAUAAGUUGCAUGGAUCUAUAUCACCUUAUGUUGGUAAUCUCUCUUUUUUGACAAACUUGAAUCUCAUGAACAACAGCUUCUAUGGAACAAUCCCACAAGAAUUGUGUAGUUUAGUACAAUUACAAAAACUUUACCUCACAAAUAACUCAUUGGUUGGGGAAAUUCCUACAAACUUGUCAAGUUUGUUGAAUCUUAAAGACUUAUUCUUGCAAGGGAACAAUCUUGUUGGCAGAAUACCAAUUGAAAUUGGCUCUCUUAGGAAGCUCCAAAGAGUAAACAUUUGGAAUAACAAUUUAACAGCAGAAAUUCCACCAUCUAUAGAGAAUCUUACAUCUCUUAUUAAUCUUAAUUUAGGUUCCAACAACUUGGAGGGGAAUAUUCCACCUGAAAUAUGUCAUUUGAAGAAUUUGGCAACUAUAUCAGUAGGUAUAAACAAAUUCUCUGGUAACCUUCCACUUUGUCUUUAUAAUAUGUCAUCUCUUACUCUACUUGCUGUUGACUUGAACAAAUUUAAUGGCUCUCUUCCACAAAAAAUGUUUCACACUCUUCCCAAUCUCAAAACACUUUUCAUUGGUGGGAAUCAAUUCUCAGGUCCAAUCCCAACUUCCAUAUCAAAUGCUUCUAACCUUCGAUCAUUUGAUAUCACUCAAAACCGAUUCACGGGUCAAGUUCCAAAUCUUGGGAAGCUAAAAGAUCUUCAGCUCAUAGGUUUGUCCCAAAACAAUCUUGGAAGCAAUUCAACUAAAGAUUUGGAGUUUAUAAAGUCAUUGGUGAAUUGUAGUAAGUUGUAUGUGGUUGAUAUAUCCUACAAUAAUUUUGGAGGUCCUUUGCCAAAUUCCUUGGGAAAUAUGUCCAACCUCAACAACCUAUAUCUCGGUGGCAAUCAUAUAUUAGGAAAAAUUCCCGCGGAAUUAGGAAAUCUAGCAAACCUAUAUCUCUUGACCGUGGAAAAUAACCGUUUUGAAGGGAUUAUUCCAGAUACUUUCGGAAAGUUUCAAAAGUUGCAAGUGUUAGAAUUGAGUGGAAACCGGUUAUCUGGAAAUAUACCAGCUUUUAUAGGAAACCUCAGUCAGUUGUUUUAUUUAGGUCUAGGAGAUAACAUAUUAGAAGGAAAUAUUCCUCUAAGCAUAGGAAACUGCCAAAAGUUAUAUCACUUAGACCUUUCGCAAAACAAUCUUAGAGGAACCAUACCGAUAGAGGUUUUUAGUCUCUUCUCACUAACAAGGCUAUUGGACUUGUCGGGAAACUUGUUGAGUGGUAGUCUACUACAAGAAGUAGGCAGGCUAGAAAAUAUCGGAAAGUUGAAUUUUUCUGAGAAUAAUCUAUCUGGUGAUAUUCCUAGAACGAUUGGGGAAUGCGUAAGCUUGGAGUACCUUUAUUUGCAAGGAAAUUCCUUCCAUGGAGUCAUACCAACCUCUCUAGCUUCACUGAAAGGCCUUCAACAUUUAGACCUAUCACGAAACCACUUGUCUGGAUCAAUUCCUAAAGGUCUACAAAAUAUUUCUUUCCUACAAUACUUCAAUGUAUCUUUUAACAUGUUGGAAGGCGAGGUACCAACGGAAGGUGUCUUUCAAAAUUCAAGUGAGGUGGCGGUAACAGGCAACAAUAACCUUUGUGGAGGUGUUUCAAAAUUGCACCUACCUCCAUGCCCUUUAAAAGGAGAGAAACAUUCAAAACAUCGUGAUUUCAAGUUGAUAGCAGUGAUAGUUAGUGUGGUUUCUUUUCUUCUUAUACUUCUAUUUAUCCUAACUAUCUAUUGCAGAAGGAAAAGAAACAAGAAACCUUAUUCCGAUUCACCAACAAUUGACCUUCUUGUUAAGAUUUCAUAUGAAGACUUGUAUAAUGGAACCGAUGGAUUCUCAACAAGAAAUUUGAUAGGAUUUGGAAAUUUUGGCUCUGUAUACCUAGGAACUCUUGAGUUCGAGGAUACAGUCGUAGCCAUAAAGGUUUUGAAGCUUCAUAAGAAAGGAGCUCACAAGAGUUUCCUUGCUGAAUGCAAUGCACUCAAAAAUAUUAGACACCGAAAUUUGGUUAAGAUUUUAACAAGCUGUUCCAGUACAGAUUUCAAAGAUCAAGAAUUUAAAGCUCUUGUUUUCGAGUACAUGAAAAACGGAAGCUUAGAAAGUUGGUUGCAUCCAGCAAAAGAAAUUGCAGGUCCAGAAAAAACAUUGAAUCUAGCACAAAGGUUAAAUAUUAUUAUUGACGUUGCUUCGGCAUUUCAUUAUCUUCAUCAUGAAUGUCAGCAACCUGUCAUUCAUUGUGAUUUAAAGCCUAGCAACGUUCUUCUUGAUGAUUCUAUGGUAGCUCAUGUGAGUGAUUUUGGCAUAGCAAAGUUGCUUCCAAGUAUUGGAGUCUCACUGAUGCAAAAUAGUACUGUUGGAAUACAAGGGACAAUUGGUUAUGCUCCUCCAGAGUAUGGAAUGGGUUCUAAGCUUUCAGUUGAAGGCGACAUGUAUAGCUUCGGAAUUCUAAUUUUAGAAAUGCUGACCGCAAGGAGACCUACAGAUGAAAUGUUUGAAGAUAGUUAUAGUCUCCAUAAUUUUGUUAAAAUUUCAAUUUCGAACGAUCUUUUGCAGAUUGUGGAUCCAGCCAUUAUUCGCAACGAAUUGGAAGGGGCUACUGGCAGUGGUUUUAUGCAUUCUAAUGUAGAGAAAUGUUUAAUUUCACUUUUUAGUAUUGCACUUGGUUGUUCAAUGGAAUCACCAAAAGAAAGGAUGAGUAUGGUUGAAGUCAUUAGAGAGCUUAAUAUAAUUAAAAGUUUCUUUCCUACUGGGGAUCAAGCUGAAUUACAACCACAAAAAAGUAUGAUGUAAUGGUGCCACCAUAGUAUAUUUUUUUUCUUUCCAGUAAUGCUUAUCAUUUUCAUGUUUUACUUUUUUCUUCAGUAAGGUAUGACUGUAAUGUAUGCAUGAUAUGGAGAUUUAUCAAGGAUUGCUUAAAGAAUUCUCCUGCAAUAUUCUAAGAAGUAUGCUUAAGGCAAAAUAUUCAAUAUAAAGGACUAUAAGAGACUUUCAAAGUGGAAA